CUGGAGAAGGUGGAGCGAUGCUUGCGAAUGUAUCAUAGCAUUUAUUUUCAAUAAGGGAGAUUAGAAUUGCCAGACGCUGCAAGAAAUGGACUCUGCCAAGAGAAGUGAAAGUGACUGGCAAGGUUUAGUGAACGAGUUCUUGAUAUGCAAACGCAAGCUGGAGAGCAAGAAGGAUGCCCUUCUCAUUCUUUCCAAAGAGCUGGACACUUGUCAACAGGAGAGAGACCAAUACAAGCUGAUGGCCAACCAGCUUCGAGAGAAACACCAGGGCUUAAAGAAGAAAUACAGAGAACUAAUUGAUGGUGAACCUUCACUUCCGCCAGAAAAGCGCAAUCAGGUGAAUUUGGCACAGUUGUUGAUGAAUUCACGGGAGAGGAAUAAACAAAUUUCAGAAGAGGUGAAGGAGCUCACUCAGAGGCUAAGUGAGGUUCAGGGAGACAAUAAGCUUUUAAGAAUGACUAUCACAAAACAGAGGCUUGGGGAUGAUGAAGUUGGAGUCAGACAUUUCCCUGUUCAUGAGCGAGAAGACCUGGUCAGACAGCUUGAAAAGGCAGCACUGCAGAGAGAGGAGCUUAAACACAGUCUGAAGACAGUGAGCGAUGAACUGCAGGAUAUGAAGGCAGAGAGGACUGUGUUCAAGGAAAAGGCUGAACGUCUCAACCGCGAGCUGAACCACAUUCUGGGUGGCCAGGAGAGACGUAUCAUUGAUGUGGAUGCCCUCUGCAUGGAGAACAAAUAUUUACAUGAGAGAUUAAAACAAGUUCAAGAGGAGGUCCUCCUUUUGAAGAGUAACAUACAGAAAUAUAAGACAGCUUUGGAUAGAAGAAGAAACUCACAAAUUGGGGGCAAGUCUAACAGCAGUGCUCUUACUGGAGUCCUUUGUCCUAAACAAGUGCAGGAGUUGUUGUCAGAGGAUAACACUUGCAGUCUACCAGCCACACCUCAGUCUAUUUCAGAUCUGAAGUCUUUAGCAACAGCCUUACUGGAGACCAUUCAUGAGAAGAACAUAAUCAUUCAACACCAGAAAAAGACCAACAGAAUUCUGGGAAAUCGAAUUGCUGAUUUGGAAAAGAAGUUGAAGACGCUGGAAGUUUCUGGACUUUGGAGUCUCCCAGGAGGCAAAGAUGCCAUCACUCUGAGUGAGAGCCAGUAUCCCACCACCCCUUCCUCUUUUGGCCUUCCAGAUCAGCCAAAAGCACCUGAAACAACUAAUCCAUGGCCUUCUACAGAUGACAGGAAAGGAAGAGGAGGGCCAUCACCAUGGGUGCAGGACACAGCUGGCAAUGACAGCUUCCCGAACAUGUGGCGUGGCUCCCAUACCUGUCCAGAUGGAGGUGGAGAGGAGGUGGACACACCUGUCACCACUGACAAUGGGGAAGAGAUCGUUUUAUGUGGGACAGAAAUUGUGAGACAGACUAAUGGGCUGGUCAGGACUGAAGUGAAGGAAGGUCCCUGCUUGGAAACGGGUCCCAGGACUGUCAUGGAGGGAACUCCAAUUUUAGAGUAUUUAGAGGAAGAAAAUGGGAAACGUUGUCUGAUAGUGGAGAAGGGUGAAGAUGCAGCCUUGGCUCUGGCGACAACUCUGUCUCAACUCAAAUUGGCACAAAAUGCUUCCAUUACUCUUGACCAAAUGAGUGAAAAUGUCAACUCUCAUGCUGCUGGGGAAGAGCCAAAACCUAGCUUUGAAGAUAUUUUGGAAGGUACCUCUUUAAAUAUAACCUCCAUAAAGAAGCAGUCUGUUGAGUAUAGUAACUCUUCUCUUCUGCAGGAGUGGGAACUGGGGUGUCAAUUAGGAGAGACUGACACGGACCGCAGUCAAAGUGUCGCCUGAACAACAAACAAGUUCCUUUCUUUUCAGAUUACUCUGCUUUAAUGUGUUUAUUGUUGGCUGGAUCUGCAUCAAUUACAAAGCAGCUGAAUAAAAAAUUAGUGAUUGGUGUAUUUUGUGGCUAAAUUUGGUCUGUUUUCAAAUAUUGCAGAUAGUUCAAACUAUUAAACUGUCAAGGCUGAAACAUACUUUACACAAAUAUGCAUACGCAGAUAUAAGCGCUUGGCCACCGCAUUGUCAUCACAUGUUCUGGUUGAACAUGCUUAAUGUGAGUUUUUGCGUUACCAUGCCGGAAACAAACCUCAGUACUCGAGAGGCGCAUAUAGUUACCUUCAAAAGUCUGUGCCAUUAAACUUGUUGUGUUAUUAUUCUGCUAAUUUGUUAUAAAUAUAUUGACUUCAACUUAAUUGUUCAGCAAUAAUCUCUUCAAAUUGUUGCUCUGCCAUAACAAUAACUGGCAUGAAAGCGAAAACACAGCAGAAGCUGCAGUUCACAGUAAUCUGGCAAUAGCGCCCCAUGUGGCAACGUUGAGAAUGCAACAAAUACCUGCGUUAUUACUUGUGGUCUCACACAUUUUGUAACGCUAAGCACAAAUUCCAGCUUGCAUAGCUAAAAGUGUCUGCUUUCAUGUACUUGCGAACAUGAAAUUAUGUGCUAAAUUUACUUAAAAUGUAAUGCUUCAUUUUUGCAAAUGACAAGUGUUUUUUUCUAUUUUUAUUUUUUUUAGUUCCUAGCAAAUGUUUUCACUCCAAAAACUGCACCACACCAGCAAAUAAAUCUACUCUUUUUCACCCUAAAAUCUAGGUUUACUCUACUAUACAUUUGAAGAUCAUUCAGGGCUGCGUUUCCCAAAAGCAUCGUAAGCCAAAUUAGAUCUUAUAAACCAUUGGUGCCAGUAGUCUCUAUGAUCAACUUAAGCUUACAAUGCUUUUAGGAAACGCAGCCCAUAAUAGUUAUUUUAAGUGCUUGCAACUUCUGAAAUUUUGGAUUUAGCUUAUAAACUCAAGCCCAAGUUCCAAUCUUCACUACAUUGGUAACCCCCAAAACUCCAACAUUAUAGAAACUCUUCUAAAUCUCAGUAUAACAGAACAUUAUAUACUAACAAGUCUCCCCCUUUAUUCAUCUUGGACAUAACACAUAAAAUAAAACUUCAUUUUAACAAUUACUCUCAACUUUGUUGCCAUUAUUUUAAAUACACCAAAACUCAAAACCUUGUGUCUCAAAUAUUGCAUUAAAUUAAGUAAAGUUCAAAGCAUAAGUAAAAUGUUUAUUUCAAUGAGCAAUAUUGACUUAGGGCAGCAAUCAUUUUUUUCAGUGUACUUGACUGUAAUGCACAUAUGUUUAAUUUCAUCCAGAUAAAAGGUCUUUGAGAUGAAUUUUCAUAUCAUUUAGUGUGAUCUAAUGUGAUAGUAACACUUAACAAUAAGGUUCCACUUGUAAACAUUAGUUAACAUGAAUUAACAAUGAACAAUACUUUUACAACAUUUAUGAAUCAAUGUUAAUUUCAACAUAUACUAAUUCAUUUUUAAAAUCAAAAGUUGUAUUUGUUAAAGGUGCACUCAGUAAGUUUUUGUUUGUGUCAUCUUGGACUUACAGUGGACACCUAGUGGUGUGUAUGCAGCAUCAUUCAAAAUCAAUAGUUUUCAGUUACAGAUGCCACUGUAGAAAUUCACUAUUCACAUUCAGUCAUGAUUAAUUUAAUCCAAGAGUGAAAGUGUCCAAUAACAAGAUACUGAGAUUAAGCAAGUAGUAUUCAGCUGGUCGUGUGAUCCCAACACAGCUGCCCCCAUGAGGGCACCCCUGCACCAUGUAGAAUAAAACAGCUUUUAUAAGGUUACUGAUAUGACUAGAGUCCUCAUCUCAUGUGAGUGUUCAUGAUUUUAUACAUAUGCUUCAAAAUUACAAUUCAUUUCUAUACAAGUAAAACUUUUUAAAUGAGGGAAUAAAAUUACUGAGUGCACAUUUAACAUUAGUUAAUGGACUAUGAACUAGCAUGAAUUAACAAUGAACAGUUGUAUUUUAGAUGCUGUAAAAAAAAAAAAAUUUUAUUGUUUGUUUUAUGAUACCUAACGCAUUAACUAAUGUUAACGAAUAAACCUUUCAUGUAAAGUUUUACCAAUGUGGUCUUAGCUUGUUAGACAAGUCAAACCCAAGGACCAAUUGGACACUUGCAUACUUUCAAAAGAGCCUCUUUAAACAUUGUUAAUUGCAAUGGAAUUGGUUUAGUCAUGUAAAUUUACUUUGAAUUAUAUUAGUUCUGCAUUCAUUUACAUUUCUAUCAGCAUAAAAAUAGCAUACAAAUAAAAAACCCAGCAUAAUAUUUACAUCAUUCUCUGCCAAGAUAUGUUUCUGGAAAGCUUACAGGUUAGAGUUUAUCUUACAGACGAAAAAUGCAUUCAAGUUACAUUUGAAUUUUAUGAAGUGCUAAAUUAUGGCUCACCAUGUUGCCUUACUGAUGAGACAGUGGUUUAAAGUUUAAUAGCCAAAGUUAGACAGAAAUACAUUGUGUAUCUACCCUGCACAUUAAAUCCAAAAGUCUGUUAUGUAUUUGUCUGGACAGUAAAUUAAAUAGUCUGUUAUGCAUUUGUUAACAUAUAAUAAAGAGUGAUCUAUCUAAAACCUUUGUAAAAUAUAAUUAAUUAAACAUUCUUUUAAUCUCAAUAUUUUAUGCAAGAAACAGUAACUUUUAAUCCUGUCAAAGAUUCUUGUUCAUUCUUGUUCAAAAGUAGUGGCAUAGUUGAACCUCUCUGUGUGGACUCAGUGGGCAGCUGGAUCCUUACUGUAAAUACAUCAAAAGACAAACUUUAGAACUGCUUGUUCUGCAGAAAGCAAGCUUUUUCUCUUUUAAUCUCCCUCAGUAAUACACACAUACACUGGCCCAUUGGGUGGCAUGAUGUCAGGCAGCUGAUGUGGUCCAUUUGAGAGGCAUUAGGAAGGAAGGAAUGACUUUUAGGAAACAGAUGGGAGUUGGAACUAAUGGAGUUAUGCGGCUAACAGACUCUGCAGGCUGAGGUUAGCCACCUUACCCAUGCACCAACUCAAGAAUGAUAAUUGGGGUAUUAACUGUACAUGCUGUACUGAAGAAUGAUUUGAUUCAUAGACUAGAAGUGUUUAUAUUUGAUUAGUCCAUCUUCUAUUGAUAUGUGUAUUUGCAAUGUCAUUGAGAUAGAGAGUAACACCAUGAACAGUGGCCCACCAAAAGUAUCUGGAUACUUAUGUAAGCCAAACUUUAAAAUAGAUAAAUAGCAAUGCAUUAGAAAGCAAAAAAAAAAAAAAAGACGUUUGUUAGGUUCCAGAGUUCAAAAUGAAGACAAAAAGUAUUUGGAUUUGUUCUGGUUGUCAAACUUAGUGGAAGAUUUCCAUUGUUAAUGUGAUGAAAUACACUUGUGGUACACUGCAACACCUGUGUGAACUUAGAGGAACUGACUUCAUACAUCCACUAUUAAUUACCUUGGGACAAACUGGGUAAAUGUCAAUGCAAAAAUGGCUAACACAAAUUUAAUUUUGAGAAAAGGUCUAGCAUUUUUGCUUGAAGAUGCCACUUGGUUGGAUAAUUUGCAAUAAAAUUAAUAUUUUUUUUAGUGUGGCUUAUCCCAUUGAAAUUUUUCCAUAGCUUAGUGGCCACAUGCAGUUUACUCAUUGGAUAGCCCAAUAAAAUAAACGCAAUGCCUUUUAUUUUUUACAAGUUAGUGAAAAUCUGCGCUAUUGUCAAAUUCUUGGUGACAAUAGUCAAAUUUUGCUCAGUUGCUCAAAAAGACCCAAUAGAAAAUUGCUAAAUAAAGUUACAUAAUUUCAUAUUUUUUACUAACAGACAAUUGUGGGGGGAAUGGAAAUGAUCAACCAAGAAUAAAGGCAUUUUUCUUUGUUUCAUUUAAUGUAAAUACUUUAAAAUCUGCAAUUAUGUGUUUCCCCAUAGGUUACAAAGCACGUAUAUGUUUACUUGUCCUGCGAGCAUGAUUUUUAUGAGCCAGAGCGAUCUGAUUAAUCAAUCAAUUAUAGAUAAUUUCAACAUUAUAUGUACCAAUUAUGGUAUUUGCAUGUGUAUUAUGACAUGUUUUACUUGCUUCCUUUUAGGAAGAUUUGACUUCAGAAGAGCAAAGUGGAAUUAAAUGGCUCUAGUCCCUGUUUGCACCACCCACAGAAAUAUGUGCACUUUCAUUUAUAAUUGACAGUGCUGUGUAAAAUACAUCAAUAACUCUUUUUAGAUCCUUUAUCUUUCAAAUUAUAUUUCGGUCACAAAUGUGCUUUUGGAGGAUGCUGUAAUAUAUAUAGCCAGAGUGUAGCCAUGGAUGUGCACGCACUGCAGGAACUGUCAACAGUCAGCCCUCUGUCAUCUCCCCUAUCGCUUCAGUCUGCACCGGUCACAGUCAAGUCCCCUGCUGUUAUAGACUGCCUUUCAGACUGCCACUGUAAAACUUCUUAACUAGAGGUAAAAUCAAAACUUUAAAGUGACAUCGAUUGACUUCACUAUGCGCUGCCUCCCGUGUUUGCCUGGCAUCUCCCUGAUGCCUCAAUGGCAGGCCGUCAUUCUCUGCCUUGCCACUGCCACGCAUAUUCUCCAGCUGCUUUUUCUUGCUCUUUG